UUCACAGUGGGAAAAUAGGCCGAUUAUAGUACUCUUCGCAUCAAUGAAUUUUUGCUAGCAACGAAGUGUAAUCAAUUUUAAGGCGUUCAUUUACCUUGAUGAAGGUCUGUAAUAAGUAGUUUUUUUUUACGAGUAAACAUCAAAGCUAUUCUUGGUUUAGUGAUAAAAAGUGUUCCUAGAACUACUAGAAUGCUUUAAUUAGUUUGUCUGAACCUCGUUUGAGUUGUCUCGGUUUUGAUUGAAAUCCUAAUGGCAAUCUGUGACCGAUAUCUGUAAUCGACGUUAAAUCGACGUCAAAGUUCUAGUUAUACGCCGCUAGAUGGCACUAUUGGUUGGUACGGUGAGGAGGAUAAUAGAUGCUCACAAGUAUUCAUCGAUACUGCCUUGAACGGAGAGACUAAUGACAACAACAAUCUAAACUGGACACAUCCUCUAAUUCUGCUUCAAUCACAGAUGGGCCAGAAAGUGACAACAGGUUCAUGCCGGGGAUACGAGAGGUACAUAAGUCUGGACAUUCUUCCGCUGCAAAGAGAACGUCUGUAUAUGGUGCGCUGCAUGAUAAAGUAAUUCGUCAAAGGAAUAUAGACAACCUCUUCGAAUCACUGCUAAAGGUUGUUGGUCAAUUACCAAUCGAUCAAGCAAGCCAUGAGAGCCAUUUUCCGACAAAGAUCCGUCGAAUUGUAAUUGUCGCCUAUUUCCGGUCAGGGAGCUCGUUUCUCGGAGAAAUUCUACAAACACCUCCCAGUUCCUUUUACCACUUCGAGCCACUGCAUAUAAGUGGAACACACAGAAUUCGGAAAGUGAAUAUUUCCAGAACAGGACAUCAGAUAACAGCAUAUUUGUUGCAACAUAUACUACGCUGCGAGUUCACGGAAAUACCCGACUACGUCAGCUGGCUUCUGACAUACAAAAAGGGUUUUCUUAUGAAUCGAAAUCCGGUCCUGAAACUUGCAUGUCGCAGGAACAUUAGAAAAUGCCGAAACACAGAGUUUUUGGAAAAGCUAUGCCGAAGCCGCCCCCUUCAGGUGAUGAAACUGGUACGUUUACCGCUGCUCCAGACAAUAGAACUGAUAGCCAGAGAUCCGGACUUUACAAAUACGACCACAAUAGUACAUUUAGUUCGGGACCCACGCGGCAUCAUAGCCUCAAGGAGUGCCUUAGGCUGGUGCCAGUUUCGGUGUAACACCUUAUGUUCGGAAAUCUCCGAAGACGUUCAAGUGUUUGAGAAUUUUAAAAAGUUCUUUAACGGAGUCGACGUAAUUCAAGUGAAGUUUGAAGAGUUCGCCUCAGAUCCUUUUAACGAAACUCGACGACUUUUCGAGCGGCUUGGUUUAAAAUACGGACGGUCAACAGAAAAGUACCUGCUCUCUCACACGACAGAUGAUGAUUCGCACAAUGGGCCACUUUCAACUCGAAGAUAUUCAAAGAACGUCGCUUCUAAAUGGAAACAGAUGCUGUCAUUUCGAAAUAUUCUAGAAAUUCAAAAUACCUGCGGCUCACUUAUAACACAACUUGGUUAUCGUUUGGUCGAUGAGAGCGACACAGAGUGGCGCGCUAAAUCAAAUGUCAGAUCGCAAAUUUAACCGGACGUAUUAAACGUGUUCUGUUUGAUAACGUCAGGCCCUGCUAAAAUUUGCUUAAACCUGAUACGAUGUACCCGUGUCCCGUACCGAAGAUGUGGCCCAGAUGGAUGUACAGUUUAGUCGUCGCAAAAUGUUGAGUCCUCGUGUCAUGAAGAAGAUGUAUUGUCUAUCGACUUCUUCGUUACCUAAAAUGUGAAGGAACAUAUCCUUAAACGAUUGUGGGCUUGUGUAGAUGAAUAAUAGGAGCUGAACAUAGGUCGCUACCUCCGGAUAACCUAACGGCUGUAGGAGAAGCUUCUAGAGACAGCUAGCCAGACAGCAAGAUAUUGUGGAGUAGGAGUUCCCAGCGUGGAGCGGACAACGCACUAGCAAAAAUGGACAAGCCAUAAUAAGGAUGUAGGAAGCAGGUCAAGAGGCAGUAAAUUACGCCACAACUGCUAGAAAAAAUCACUGGAUGCACAGGAUGGGCCAAGGUCACUAGACUGUUUCAGUGAAAAUAGCAGGGAUGCAAUGGAAACAAGGCUGAAAAGACCCAAAUUGUCAAGAGGCCUUUUGCCCAAUACCAAAAACCUGGGGCCUAAAAAAAUAGCAAUAUCGUCGGUAGUGUAACGUUUCCUAUGCGAAUAAUAGCGACAUUGCGGUCCUUAUUGUUUAUCCAUGUUUUCGAUAAUAAUUACUCAUUUGUUCAUCGAAACGAAUAGCAGAAAAGGCAGAUACAUUUCUACGAUUUACACAUAAUGGAUUUUCUAUUUAACCUGUAAAUCUCUUUCCAAUGUGAGUAUCUUAAAUUUCUAUUAGAUGAAGUUUUUUAAAAUUAUUAUCGGUAAGUGAAGCAUUCUAACAUAGUGAUAAAUACAGAAAAAAAUUGUCUAAUCAAAAGGCUUAUUAGAUGUGUGAAUUAUUUUAUGCUAUCUUUAUUAGAAAUACAUUCUGAUAGCAAAUUUUACACGACAGAUGUAUAUUGAAUAAAAAAAGUAAACAAUAAUUAGUCAGAGCGUAUUUACUGGAGAUUAUCUUCUUCCUAUAUUCUUAUAGUACCCUUGGUAAGAAUCAGGUCUUAAUAGGAAUUUCAAAAUGAGUACAGAUGCCGUUAAACUGAACUAUACACGAAGAUAGGGGGCCUACAUUUACAGCCGAGUCCUGUUAGACAACUUGAAUGGCAAAGGGAGGUGAACUCGAACGAGUACACCUUUCUUCGCCACUCAAGUUCAAAAGCAAAUUUCUUUAUUAGAAACCAUUAUGUGUGUGAGUAAAAUCGUGAUAACGUUCCCAUUGAUGCACACGACGAAGAACGUCUUUGUUCUAUUAUUCGAUAAUGCUAUUCGUUCUAAGUAAAGUGGAAAUAGCAUUUAGUACAGAGGGAAUACCAAAGCAGUGAUAAUAGGUUCUUUCUACUAUACCCUCUUUUCGGUUCUUGAAAAGCAAUGAACAGGUCAUUGGGUUUCGCGUCACGCAUACUUCGAAGUAUUCUUCGACCUUAUAUUUAAUCUGUCGGCUUUUCAACAACCACAGACGUUCUGUACCUGACUCGUUCCGUUACUUUGCUUUGAAGCGGCUCGCAGCGCUCUUUAGAGAAGCUUCUUUGAAAAACCGGUGCUCAAUACCUAAUGCGUGUCGCAUGUGCGGUGCUCCUCUAUGAAGUAAGUGAACAAAGGAUAAAAUA